CGUGGAGCGGCCGGGCCGGCAUGGGCAAGCGGCGGGGCGGGCGGGAGCUGCUGCGCAGCCUGAGCAAGAAGCAGAAGAAGCACCUGCGGGAGUUCGGCGAGGAGCACCCGUUCUAUGACAAGGUUUCUGGAAGACCAGAAGAAACUCAAAUAUGUGAACUGUCUGACGAUUCUGAUAAAUCAAGUCAAGAAAGUGAUUCAGAGACUGAAGUGGAGCAGGUCUCUGGAUAUCAUAAGCUCCUGGCUACCCUGAAGACCUCGCCUGAGUCUGAGAGUGAGGAAGAGGAAGAUGAAAGUGAAUCCGAAGAAGCUGAGGAAAGUGAGGCAGAAAUGGGCAGUGAAGGGUCCCAGGAGACUGGAGAAGCAGAGGAAGGCAAAGAAGAGACGAAUGAUGUUCCAGAGGAGGAAGAAGGUGACACAGCAGAGCAGAUGCUCAGCCAGGAGCAGGCUGAUGGCACAGAUACCCCUUGUGACCCACAUCAUGGAGUAAUUGAGGAGUUUACUGAUGUGAAACACGAAUCUGAAUUUAGCUUGGAAACCAAUUUCAUGGAAGAGGAGAGUGGAGAUUGCAAUGCAGAUAGGAAAGACAGCAGUUCUUCACAAGCUCUUCCAGAAGAUCCAUUUAAGCAGCACAUGGACAAAGAACUUGAAGAAAAGGAAAUAGAGAAAAUGUCUACGUUUCCUAAAACUUCAAGUCAAAGUCAGUGGCCAAGGCUGGGUCAAGUAGUUUUUUCUUCCACUUUGGAGAAACAGAAAACUUUCAAAGCAGACAAAGAAUUUGAUGUGAAACAGCUUCAUCUCCACAAGCCUUUGGAAUCCACUUGGCCAAAAGUGAAUAAACAGUUCCUGUCAGCAGCGGACAAACCAACGGAUUCCUCUUUUACCCCGUUACAAAGAGAGCUGUUCUGUGUCAUGAAUUCCUACCGGGACUUGUUCUAUCCAGAGAGAUCUGCUCUAACAAACGGAGAGGAGAUUCGGCACGCGUACUGCCUGCAUGCCCUGAACCACGUGCUCAAGGCCAACGCCCAGGUGCUCAGCAACAACGCGCGCCGGAGGGAUCGAAAGCCAGGCACCGACACCGAUGCCCACAGGGACCAGGGGCUCACCAGGCCUAAGGUGCUGAUGAUAGUGCCCUUCAGGGAGUGUGCGCUGCGCAUUGUGCAUAUUCUCAUCAGUCUCCUCGAAGUGAAUGACAAGAAGAAAAUAGAUGUGAGUAAUAAAAAGCGCUUCAAAGGGGAGUAUGGCUCUGACCCAGAAGAGAAGCCCCCCAACCUGAAAAGACCUGAAGAUUAUGAAGCUGUCUUUGCUGGCAACAUUGAUGACCACUUCAGAAUUGGGGUUGCCAUCCUGCAGAAGAGCAUGAGGCUCUAUGCACCCUUCUACUCCUCAGACAUCAUCAUUGCCUCUCCCCUGGGCAUCAGGACUGUCAUUGGUGCAGAGGGAGAGAAGAAAAGAGACUUCGAUUUUCUGUCAUCAAUAGAAAUCCUCAUCAUUGAUCAAGCAGACAUUUACCUGAUGCAGAACUGGGAACACGUUCUGCACCUGAUGAAGCACAUUAACCUGCUGCCUCUGGACUCCCACGGCGUGGACUUCUCCCGAGUGCGGAUGCUGAAUCUCAACAACUGGUCCAAGUACUACCGGCAGACGCUGCUGUUCAGCGCCCUCCAGGAGCCCCAGAUCAACUCUGUCUUCAACAAACACUGCUUCAAUUACAUGGGGCAGGUGGCCAUCCGCAACGUGCCGCUCACUGGCUCCAUCAGCCACGUUGUGGUCCAGCUUCCUCAUGUUUUUCGGAGAUUAGAAGCUGACAGUGUAACCUCUGUGAUAGAUGGCAGGUUUCAGUUUUUCAUCGACAAAGUUCUGCCCGAGUACCGCGACGCCAUCAUGUCCCACACGCUCAUCUACGUCCCCUCCUACUUCGACUACGUGCGCCUUCGCAACUACUUCAAGAAAGAGGACCUGAAUUUCACUCACAUCUGUGAAUACACCAAAAAGGCUGCUGUCUGCAGGGCACGGCGCUUCUUCCUCAAGGGAGAGAAGCAGUUCCUGCUGUUCACUGAGCGUUUCCACUUCUACAAAAGGUAUACGAUAAAAGGCAUUAGGAACCUCAUUUUCUACGAGUUACCAACAUACUCCCACUUCUACAGUGAGAUUUGCAACAUGCUGAAGGCCACAGACAGUGGGGUGGAUGCUACUUGGACUUGCACUGUGCUCUACUCCAAGUAUGAUGCUCAGAAAUUGGCUGCAGUGGUUGGCAUAGACCGCACCGCUCAAAUGCUACAGUCCAAGAAGAAUGUGCACCUCUUUGUUACAGGAGAAAAUGAUUAAGGGAUUCUGCAGACUGGAUGAGUGGAUGGACCUGCAUUUCACUCCUAAUGCAGAUUUUUAUAUUGCUUUUUAAAAAAGUAUUAAACUUUUUACUCCCUUUUGUUAAAUAUUCUGUUGAAAUUGUUUGUAUAGUAUAAAAUUUUGUAUUUCAGUACUCUGCCCAACAAGAGAUGAAGGGUGUCAUUCAAGAAAGCAGGGCUUAGAAGGUGUUUUCUGUAUAGAAAUAAAAUCAAUCCAGAAACUAUUUUUCAUGUAUAUUAAAAACCUCAUGGGUCAGUAAAGAUUCAUGCAGUGAUAAA